ACAUCCAAUAGAAAAGAAAGGGAAAUUCCCUAAUGUUGGGUUUUCCAUAUGCUUUUAAAAGAUAACUGCUACGAAGGGAAACAAGGAAAACCCAAGGCUGAUAAAUGACAUGUCCUGAAGUUUGUAAAUCUUAAGUUUAAGACAAUGGAGCAUGACGAUUCUUCGGAUUCUGUUGAUAUUUCAAUGAUGAAGAAUGGGAUAGCGCCCGACUACCCUCCUCCACACUCUGAUGGUCCCUAUAUAGACAUAGUUGAGCAGCCUCAGGCGCGGGGAUUCCGUUUUCGAUACGAGUGUGAGGGGCCCUCCCAUGGGGGCCUCCAGGGAGAGAAGAGCGAGAAGUAUAGGAAAACUUUUCCUUCCAUCAAAAUUAGGAAUUACAAUGGAGCUGCUCGUAUUGUGGUUACUCUGGUAACCAAUGAAGCUAUUCCAAAACCUCAUGCCCACAAGUUGGUGGGGAAAAAUUGUAAUGAUGGCUCCUGUGUGGUUGAACUGAAGCCAAACCAAAACGUAAUAACGUUUCCAAACCUGUGUAUUCAGCAUGUGACCCGAAGGAAAGCCAGUGAGGUCAUUGAGUACCGGAUUCUGGAUUCCAUGAAACUGGAUAAACAGGUCAAACUCGGGAAUCUCAAUGUUCAGACUGACCUAUCGGAUGAUGAAAAAUCCCAAGCCAGCAAGCAGUCUAAGCAGUUAGCCAAGGACAUGCAGCUGAAUGUGGUCAGGCUAUGUUUCCAGGCCUACCUCAGGGACGACAGUGGAAAGAUCUUCCACCUCCUGCCUCCUAUUCUGUCUACAGCAAUCUAUGACAGCAAGGCACCAGGAGCCAAUGCUUUAAAGAUCUGUCGCAUGGACAAAUAUGGGGGCUGUUGCACAGGGAACGAAGAGGUCUUCUUGUUAUGUGAAAAAGUGCAAAAAGACGACAUACAAGUUCGAUUUGUGGAGCAGGAUGAUGAUGGUAAAACAAUAUGGGAAGCCUUUGGAAACUUUGGUCCAUUUGAUGUACAUAGACAAUAUGCCAUUGUGUUUAAGACUCCAGCGUACAGGAACCCAAACAUUGACCGGCCCGUGUCUGUCAUUAUAAUGUUGCAGAGAAAGUCAGAUACGGAGACAAGUGAACCAAAGUCCUUCACUUACUUCCCACAAUCCUUUGACAAGGAUGAAAUUGCCAAAAAGAGGAAGAAGACACUUCCGAGCUACCCUGGCAGCAAUGGAUUUGGGGGCGGGGGCGGUGGGGGAGAGGACGGGCGACCCUCUAUAAACAACUUCCACAAUGGAGGCUUAUCAUUUGGACCACCCCAAGGAAACAUACCUGUAAUGGUUAAUGAUUCAGAGCAAUCUUUGUCAAAUGACAGUCUCCACAAUCCUUCACCGCCACCAAAGAUUUCCAACGCUACAAAGAGACGGAUAAACAAAGCAAAGCGCCAGGGUAUAAAACCCUCGGAAGUAGAAGUCGACGGGAACAGAGUCCAGGGCUUGCCUACCUUCAUCAGUGAGCCCUCGUCACUCCAAGUCGCCGGACCUCCAGAGAUUCAUGUGACCUCUGCAGCAAACUUCCAGCCCAACCACAACAUCAACCUGCACCAGUUUAAUCACGUCAACCCUCAGAAUUUUGCAUCACAUAUAUACGUCCCUCGGGGCGGGGGAGGCCUGACCACUGCCAGAGAUGCCAUGAACGACUCGACAUCAUCUUCCUCAGGAAUGGAUGAAGUGGAUGCCACUGUCUGUGACAAGAACUUUCGAACACAGAGAGACAAUGGGUCAUUUGUUCUUCGCAAGGAUCUCAUGAUGCCCCAGGACACCAGUCCUGACUCAGGAAGGGAGACACCCAAUGACAUUGAGAGUGAUGGACAGCCUCUAGUGACCGUACAGAGUAUUAUGGAGGCCUGUGUGACGGAAACUGCAGAUGUUACUGAAAAAACAGCAGAAUUAAAGCUGGAAGCCAUCUGCAGCAGUGAGGAACAGGUUCUUGCCCAAAGUGUGGACACUGCAUCUGUUGACUCUGGAGAAAGCAUUGAGUCAGCGGUGUCGGAGAGAUGUGACCAAAGUGUCCAGACAGACAAGGAUGAGGUGGUGCGGACAACCGAGAGGACGGUGCAGGCCUUGCAGACAUACGCCACGACGGGAGACAUCCGACAGCUCCUCCUUGUACAACGCUACCUUACCUCAGUGCCAGACCAGAAUGGCGACAUACCUCUGCAUACAGCUAUCAUUAAUGGUAAUACGGAGGUUGUAAACAAUUUGCUGGAUGUGAUGCAAACCAUGCCAAACCUCUGGCUCAAAAUCAAUGCCUACAACAACUUAUUACAGACUCCGCUACAUCUAGCGGUACUCACAGGUCAGGAGGAAGUCAUUGAUCGCUUGCUGUGUGCGGGGGCCAACACUAAACUCCCAGACAGAAAUGGUAACAACCCUGCUCACUUAGCUGUACUGAUGGGGAACACCAGCUGUCUGGCCAGACUGCUGAAGUACCAGCGGCCAUUCUCCACCCCCAAAAAUCCAUUCCCAGAGCUGAACAUGAAAAACUUUGAUGGCUUUGCACCAGCCCAUAUUGCUGCACAGAAGGGAAACCUCCAAGCAAUCAAGCUACUGGUGCGGUGUAAGGCUGACAUCAACAUGGCAGAUGGUAAAAGUGGUAAAACCCCUCUCCAUUACGCAGCAGAAGAAAAUGACUUGUCUGUCAGUAGUUAUCUCAUUCUGGAGGCAGGAGCUUUUGUGGAUGCCAUAUGCUUUAAUGGAAACACAGCUUUACACAUUGCCUGUGGUCGACAGAACAGUGGAAUGGUAGCUCUAUUAAUGGCUGCUGGAGCGAACCCAGAGAUCGAGAACUCAGAGGCUCUGAAGAAUGAGCUGUCCAGUGAAGACGAGGAAGAGGAGGUAGAAAAGGUCCUCCCAGGACACAAGCCUCGUCACUAUGCAGCAGGGAACUCAAGGAUAUUAAAGAUUCUGAAUGGGGAGCCCUAUGGAGGCGAUUCUAUCGGGGGAAUGAAGAGUCUGACAGGAAGGAGCGAUUUUUACCUGGAGGCCAACAGUCUGCUGGCCUCUGAGGAUUUCCAGGGUCCCCCAACAUUGAGGUCCUCACUGUCCUCCGUCACAUGUCCCCCCACGAUCAGUGCUGUCCUGUCCAGCAGUGAUGAUGGAGACAUUGAGAAGAUCAGUUACCCUGUGCGUGUGCAGUUGUCGAAGCUUUUGGACCCCCUUCAGGCGGGCUCUGACUGGGUAGCCCUAGCGGAGAGAUUGGGACUGAGACAGUCCGUGGAAGGUCACCAGGGGGGCUUCAGUCCCACCAGGCUCCUUCUCACCUUCUACGAGUCAUGUGGAGGCACCGUAUCUAAGUUGUUGGAAGCACUGGUUGCCAUGGAGAGAUAUGAUGCUGUUGAGUUAAUCAACUCAGCCCUCAGCAUACGAACAGAUGACUGUAAAAGAGAAGCCAUUGGGAGAGACAUUGCUGGAGGUAGACCUGAGGGUCACUUGCAGGUCACUCAUUAGGGUCAUCAUCUGAUGGUCACUUGUAGGUCAACUAAUGACACUUCAUUCAUCAGGAUCGUCAGAUAAAGGUCUUUAGUUCCUAAAUCACUCAUUUGACUCAUCAAGUAAAGGUCAUUAAAAGGUCAUUCAUUAGGAUCAUCAACUGAAGUGCACCUUCAGGUCACUCAUUAUCAUCAACAACUCUGGAACAGAAUUUUCGUCCCCAGUGCUAUGAACAGAAUUUGUCUUUGCUAUUUUUUUUAUUUGUUGCUGGGAUUAUACCUCUGAUUGUCAAUAUUUUAUGUGGUGGAUCUUGUAUUAGGCUUUAUUAUAUCAUUGUAUAUUGAAUAAAAUCUUUGGUAUACUGUAAAAUGUUUUAAGCAUUGAUUGUGUUUGUUGACUAGACUUACUUUUACAAAACAUACUGUACAUUUUAUAUUGUUGAAAAUAUUGUGGGAAAUAAUGUGAUUGUUGUUAAUUAGCUCAUUAACACAAACAUUGUAGUUAGCAUCCAUUCCAACAGUGGUUGGAGUGGUUUAUGUAAUUAGAUAUAUAGAUAUAUAUAUGUAUAUAUACCUGUAUACUUUGUUUUCUGUCAACUACAAAUGUCUUGAACCAGUAAUGGUGUUUGUUGUGGUCUGGGCCACAGCAUUUAUAGCACUAGAAUGCUCUUCCGUGAAUUGAUCUAUGAUAGAUUAUGUUUCCAUUUAAAAUUAGAUUGACACUUGUUAAAUGCAAAUCUCUUGUAUGUAAUAAAGUUUUAAAAUUUUAAGAGAUUGCUACAUGUAUAUUCUGAACACUGAAUGUUUUUUGUUAAAUACAGUUUUAUGUAAUUCCAUAGAAAAGAAGGCAUUUACUUGAAAGUUCAAAAUUAUCACAUGUAAGCAAUACCAUUAAAUCGAUUGAAAAUAUAGGAUGAAAUAAAGUUUAGGCUUAAACUCUAGAUAAUUAAAGAAUCUGUAUUCCUUGUGUCACUCUUGUAAAGAUUGCCAUUGGUCAGGAUAUUCUGAUUCUGUGGUUGCCAUUGGUCUGGAUAUUCUGAUUCUGUGGUUGCCAUUGGUCUGGAUAUUCUGAUAUUGUGGUUGCCAUUGGUCUGGAUAUUCUGAUUCUGUGGUUGCCAUUGGUCUAGAUAUUCUGAUUCUGUGUGGUAAAUGAUCCGUGUGAUCACCGGCAUCAAUACAAUCUAAUGCAAUACCUCGCUUUAGGUGUGAUUCUAUCAGAUUGCAUGUUGGUACAAGUACAUGUAGUACAUAUAUGUCCUUAGUGUAGUCCUAGUGUAGAUCAGCAGUAAAAGCAAUGCAUUUAAUCAUAUUACGUGGCUAAGCACACACGUACCAAAAAGCUACAUACAUGUAUUAAAUGUAGUUACACCGUAUUAUCACUGAUUUGAUGGUGAGAGACUCAGAGAUAAGCGAUGUAUGUUAUUGAUGAUCAGGGCAUAUUAAGUUUGGAUAUGUUUUAUAAUGUCAAUGAAUCACCUCAAGGCAGAUGAUUCCAAUAAAGCUUGGCUUAAUUACA